AUGGUGCAUCGUGCAGACUACCAUCUGCUCACGCUCGGACACCUGACUCGGCUCUUCAUUGUGAGGAAUCUUGUCCGCUGGGUGCUGUUGAUCGGCGACGUUGCUGCCGUCAUUGGGCUGCCUUCAGGAGCACUGUUCGUCCCCUGCCUGUCAGCGCAGCUCAAGGCCGCAUUGGAGGCUUUGGAUCUGUCCGACCUGUCGAAUCUCGAAGACGAAGUUGUCCGGACAAUACUCCGGGCAUGCUUUUAUGGCGUAGAAUUGUCAGUAGGCCUUGAAGAGCACCCGUGGUUCUUGUCGUAUCUCAGACGAAGUAAGAGGAUUCUUAAGCUCCACAAGCCUGCCGAAGUUCUGGAACUCCUCGUCAGCUUCAUGUACAUGACGAAACAGUUCUCCAAGAUAUUAGCAAUACUAUGGGAGGAUGCGAGUGAAGUGGAAGUGGAAGGUUCCUGGAACAGGUUCAGAUGA